UAGAGAUACAGAUACAGCUCAGAAACGAGUGCGAGCGAGACAGCGAUAACGCUGGCAAUUUCAACUCCUGUUACUGCUGGGCUCUGCUCUGCUUCGUUCUGUUCCGUUCCUGCCAUACGAGUUUGUACUUGGUUCACGUCCACAGCUGCAUCCUUUUGUGGUGUGUUUUGCGCCGCUUCUUUUCGACAGCACCAGCACACCCUCUUGCUGUUGCCAACGACGCCACUGUACGGCUCGGGAACUGGCAAGCAAAGGCAACGACACGACAGAGCAAAGCAAAGGCAGAGCACAGAGCUGAAAGCAGAGCCAGAAACUGCUGGCUGUAGAGUGUUUGGAUGACUGCCUCGCUGUGGACGAAACGAAAGACAGGCGGCAACUAAACUAAAACUAAAUACAUGCAGGCGAGCACAGGCAAGCGGCGGUCGCAUAAAGCAUAAAGAAAAGAGCAGUACAUUGACACACCGUCAAGCAGUAGCAGAUAGGGGACACCUACAUACAUUUGUAUAUAUUUCAUACAUAUAUACAUACAUUUAUCGAUAUAUACAAGACCAGGCUAAAAGGAGGCUGUUCUCCAACCUCCAUCCUUCGCAUCCGCAUUUGCAUCUGCAUCAAACCCAAAAACGAUAAAAGAUGGCCAACGGCAAGGCGACGGUAUCGUUCUUCGAGAACGGGAGCACCAUACAGUUCGAGUACUGCUACAAGCUGUAUCCGCAGGUGCUCAAAAUGAAGGCAGAGAAGCGGUCGAAGAAGCCGCAAGAGCUGAUCCGGCUGGACCAGUGGUACCAGAACGAUUUGCCGCGCCUGAUUAAGGCACGGGGUAAGGACGCGCAUAUGGUGUACGACGAGCUGGUGCAGACCAUGAAGUGGAAGCAGUCGCGCGGAAAAUUCUAUCCGCAGCUCUCGUACCUGGUCAAGGUGAAUACACCGCGCGCCGUCAUGCAGGAGACAAAGAAGGCCUUCCGCAAGUUGCCCAACCUGGAGCAGGCGAUCACAGCUUUAUCGAACCUAAAGGGCGUCGGCACCACGAUGGCCUCCGCCUUGCUGGCGGCCGCCGCACCCGAUCGCGCACCCUUCAUGGCCGAUGAGUGCUUGAUGGCCAUACCAGAGAUCGAGGGCAUUGACUACACCACCAAGGAGUACCUCAACUUUGUGAACCACAUCCAGUCGACGGUGGAGCGCCUCAAUGCAGAGGUGGGGGGUGAGACGCCGCACUGGUCUCCGCACCGUGUUGAGCUGGCCCUUUGGUCACACUACGUGGCCAACGACUUGAGUCCCGAGAUGCUUGACGACAUGCCACCCCCAGGCACCGCAUCCAUCAGCACAAAUGGCGCAAGCAACAAUGUCCUCGACGGCGACGACACCAAUGAUGGUGUGGCCGUGGAUCUCGACGACGAGAGCCAAGGCGCCGGUGGGCGCAACACUGCAACAGAGUCGGAGACCGAGAACGAGAAUACCAAUCCGGCUGCUUUAACGCCGCUAAAUGCGGGCGAGGCCAAGAGCAAUGCCACUGCCGUGGGAGCAGCCUUGCAGGAUGGCGACUCGAACUUUGUGUCGAAUGAUUCCACCUCUCAGGAGCCGAUCAUCGAUGACAACGAUGGAACCACACAGACAACGGCCACCACAUCCACAGAAGACGGUGAACCAAUUGGGAUCGGCAUUGGCAUGGGCAGCGGUGGCACACCUCUGGCCUCCGACUCAGAAAGCAACCUCGAGGCGCCGCUAAACACCAAUCGCUUGAAUGCGGCCGAUCCAGUGCAGUCGAGCAAACCACAGACCCAGCCUUCGACCCAGAACCAGACACAGAGCCCGACCCACAACAAUAGCAAGCAGCAGAUCAACAAUGGUCAGGCGACUCCAGCGGAACAGCCAGCAAAGGCAGCACCGGCAGCGGCCGCAGCCAACGGCAAUGGUAAUGGCAAUGGAGUGUUGGGCAACGAUCUCGAUGAUGGCGAGGAGGAAGAGGAUGAGGAGGACGAGCUGGACGAGGAGGAGAACAACGAUGCGGAGCUAGAGGCUGACGAAAGCAACAGCAGCAACAGCAAUGCGCGCGAGAGCAAACUGCAGCAGCUGGCGGCAUCCGAUGGAGCGGGAAAGGUGGCUACGAUCACUGAGACGGUGGCGGCUAUCGAACCGAUCAAGGGAGCGGCAACGGACACGGCGUUGUCGGUGCCAGAAGCCAUUGCAAAGAAGCGUACGGCCCUGCAGUGUGAGAUGGAGUUGAGUAAUGCGCCAGCUGGUGCAGUGGGUGGCAGCGAUAAGUCGCCGGAGCUGAAGAAGCUGCGCAGCGAAUGAGUUGGAAGCGGGGAUUAUCGAUCGAUCGAUUGGUUCGUUUCGGUUCGGAUCGGAUCGGUUCGGUUCGGCUCGCCGCGUAUCUGGUGGAAAGACAUAUGUAUGUAGUGCAGUUGAGUCGACCUAGAGACAUAGAGCAACAUUACCUACACUUUACCACAACAACAUUCAAGAAAUUGUACUAUUAAGCAACUAAUUAUACAUACAUAUAAUAUAUUAUAUAUAUAUAUAUACACACACAAACACACACACACACAAACAUAUAACGAGAAGCAAACCAACACUCACGACACACAAUCUUACAACACCACACAGCACCACAACCUACACUCGCACACCCCCACCACCACCAUACACUGGCAUGCUACAACACAUACAAGAACAGAACAGAACAGGACAGGACAGGCACGCAGGACGGAGGAUGGAUGCUUGCAUCCCGAUCCCGAUCCAGCAAGAGCAGCAGAACCAUAGAAGACAUUUCAAUAACAGGAGCGCGCGCGAAAAGGAGGAGUCGACUCGGAUUCAGAUUCAGAUUUGGAGUGCAGCGUUAACGUAAUAUAAAUGGAACGAAAAGCAAAUACACCUUACGUGAAUAGUAACUAAAGCGAGAUCAGAUAUUUUUACACAGUCAAAAUGAACAUUUAAUUAUAAAGAAAUUUACAAAUGCCGCAGUUGCCCCACUACAUAGAAAGAAAAAAAAACAAACAAAAAAAAAAUGAGAGAAAAAGAAAACAAAAGGAUGGAAGCAAGAACUAAAAAGGAUGAAGAAACAAUAAUUAUAAUAAAACAAAAUAAUUUAUAUACAUAGGUAUUUAAAUUUAACAAUAAAUCAAAACUGUCGCAUGUACACGCAUCUCCCCCCGCAGUAUAUUUGCACAUUCACGCGCUCUCUCUCUCUCUCUAUAUAUCUCUCCCACACACACAAACACACACACACAUACACAUGAAAAAACAAAGAAAGCAAAAAAAAAAAACAAAAAAAAAGAAAACAAAACAAAAACUCAUUUCAACAAUAAGAAAAUUUUUGUGGUCGUAAUUGUAAUAAUAUAAUUUAUAUUUUAUGUGUACAACUUUUUUUUUUAAAACUAUACAUAUACAGAUUUUUAUAAUUUAUACGAUAAUCACACACUCUUCAUUUGGCUUGCCCGCAAGGAGAGCAAACGACGUCAAGCAACUACAUUUUAAUUCCUAUUUCCGAUAUCUGGUUAUCAUGCAUCCCCCAUGUACGCGUAGCAGGAAAUGCUCUGCUACCAGUGCGGUUCGUGGGCCGUGGGCGCAUGGAUCGCUUCGGUUCGGUUCGUUCCAGGACUCUAAAAUCAACAUCUCAAAAUUAUAAUCAUUUUUAUUAUUAAUAGCAUAAGUCCAAAUAAAUUG